UGGCUUGAUAUGAUCUGAUCCGGUAGGAAAAAAACAAACUUUCUGUUAGCCAGCAAACUUGGCAAUUACAUAAUAUCAAAUUGUCUUAUGUAAUCUUCCAUGGCUUUGACUUCCUAACAACAGGCGGCUUGAGUGGACUCGGAGAUGCUCCAUCUUAUGCGGGGCACAGUUGUGGGCAUGAACCUAUAACCAGCAGCACUAUUAUUGGGCAGGAACUUGAGCUGCCCGCGACCAAGAGAUGAACCCAACCAUCUGGUCCGAGAUGGAGCAUCCAACACUUUAUGCAAGCGGACAAGGCAAUCUUCAAGGCGGUCUCAAUAUCCUCUCCCUCCCUCCCGGCUCUUCCCAACUUAUACUCCGCUCCUUUACAGAGACCUUUGUUUGCCUUCUUUUGCAUGGCGACUUCCUCUUGCUCUUGACAUGUUGACUGCCUCUUUUAGACAAUCUUAUCUAAUCUUUAGCUAUUAAUAGGACGGGAUGACAUAAUCACGGAUAUGUCCUUGGCGAGGCUUGACCUAGUUAAACAUGCAGCACGUGCCUUCCCGUGACAACCCUACUGGCUGUUGUCCUCACUUUUCUCGCCUUCUUCUUUCCUUUUCCACACGACAGAAACUUCCCUGUCGACAUCCUUACUCAGUUCACUAAAUUAUUCGGAGAUUGCAGUCCAGGAAGCAAGGAAAAAGCAAGAAAGGAACGACAGCACAAGGGAGGACCAGCCUUUUCACCGCCGCCAGCCUACUAAGUAGCUUGCCUCUCGAGCUAGAAGACGGAAUCCUCUGAGCCCAUGCCCAAGGAAUACAAGGGCUCGGCGAUGGCGUGGAGCAGCACGUUGCAGUAGUUGGCGAGCUGACUCGUGAUGUAAGAUGAUGCAAAGGCGCGCCGCCUGGCAAGGGUGUGCGUUCCUUUCCUCGACAACGUGGGAGGUGGACCGAGAUCAAAGGCCAAUAUCGAAAGGAGCAAGACGGACGAAGACGGGCAGAGCAUGGGUACAGAGGGCUAGGGGAGGCGAGGUUCGUGUUGGCAGAUGUGCAUAUAAGGGAGAGCUUUACCUGGCCCCAUUGACUUUCUCUUCUUCUUCCUCUUGCACUUCCUCGUCCAAGCCAGGCAGACAGACACGAUGAAGUUCACCGUCCUUGUCGCCUCCGCCUUUGCCUCCACAGCUUUUGCCCAGACCUUCCAGCGUCUGGGUGGCUGUCCAGACCUGGGAUGUAUCUUCCCGCCGGACAAGGCCGAGUUCUUGUCUGGACAGUUCUUCGACAUCCGUCUUGAAGUGCACUCGCCCGUCAACGGAUCCGAAGCCCGGGUCGGUGGUCCAGAUGAGAAGUUCACAUUCACCAUUGAGCGCAAGGGACGCGGACACCAGCAGCCACAGCCGGCCACCCAGUUCUUCAAGACCGAAGAGCCCAAGCUUGAGAAGUGGCAAUUCUCCUGGUACGAGGAUCUGUUCGCCAAAGAUGCUGGGAAGCCCUCUAUCGUCAAUGUCGCAUCUAAGGCCUUCCGACGUGUCAGCCUGGACCGUCCUGGCAUCUACGAGGCCGUUUUAACCUACUACAAUGGCAAGAAAACCACUGCUACCUGGGAGGUCAAAGAGCUACGCACCCGUCGCCGUGCGAAGAAUGUCAUCCUCUUCAUUGGCGAUGGCAUGACCACCAACAUGAUCACUGCUGCUCGUCUCAUGGCCCAUCAAUCCAUCAAUGGCAAGUACCAGUCCAAGAUGCAGAUGGACCAGUUCCCCGUCCUUGGCCACCAAAUGACCCAUUCCAUGGACUCCUUCAUCACCGACUCAGCUAACUCAGCCACCGCCCUCUACACCGGCCACAAGUCCACUGUCAACGCGUUGAACGUGUACCGUGACUCUUCUAAGUCUCCCUUCGAUGAUCCCAAGUUCGAGACCAUUGCUGAGAUCUUCCGCCGUGUCAACCCUGGUGCUGGUGUUGGUAUCGUUUCUACCGCUCACUUGUCUGAUGCCACCCCUGCUGCUCUGACUGCCCACACUAGUGACCGUGGCCAGAGUGCUCAUGUUAUCGACACCUAUUUCCACGGUCUCUCCAACUACACCUGGACUCAGUGGGAUGGCCCCGAUGUUCUCUUUGGUGGAGGUGCUGAGGACUUUCUUCCCAACGAUGACAACAAGAAGCAGAACUACUACGAGAUGUUUAAAAAGAAGGGAUACAGCCUCUCCUGGAACGCCACAGCCCUCGCCCAGGCUUCUAACGACGAUCGUGCCCUUGGUGUUUUCUCCACCAGUGUCAUGGCUAAAUGGCUCGACCGCAAUGUCUACAAGGAAAAUCUGAAAAACCAGAAGAACUACCCCGAUGGUUCUGACAAGGACGCCGAUGACCAGCCCGGUCUCAAGGAGAUGACCCUCAAGGCCGUUGACAUCCUCCACACCCGUAACCGCAACCACCGCGAGAGCCGUGGCAAGGGUUUCUUCCUCAUGUCCGAAGCUGCCAGCAUCGACAAGCAGAUGCACACCAUGGACUACGACCGUGCACUUGGUGAGCUUCUCGAGCUUGACGACACCGUUCGCGCUACCAUUACCAAGCUCCGUGCUCUAGGAGAAUUGGAUGAUACUCUUAUCAUCGUCACUGCCGACCACGGUCACGGCUUCGAUGUCACCGGAUCUGUUGACACCAAGUACCUCGCCGAGCAGAAGUCUGAUCGCGAGAAGCGUAAGGCUAUCGGUACCUACUUCAACUCUGGUCUCUCCCAGUACACCGUCCAGAAGCAGGGUUCUCUCAAGUACUCGGAGGGUGUCCACUUUCCCGCUCAAUGGGACCCACGCUACACCCUUCACAGUGGCCUUGGUGCUCACCCUGACAAGCGUGAGAACUACCAGGUCCAUAAGGAUGGACCUCGUCUCCCAGCUACUACCGCUCGUGGAACUAAGGACUACUAUGUCAACUACAAGGAUGCCGUUACGGGCUUUAUCGUCAACGGCACCAUUGCUCCAGAUGAAGGCCAGGGUGUCCACUCUCUCACGGACGUUCCUGUCUUCGCCAUGGGACCAUGUCAGGAAGACUUUGGCGGUGUCUACAACUCCGUUGACGUUUUCUUCCGUAUGGCCCAGUGCCUCGGUCUAAGCAAGACCAGAUGGUAA